GUUUCUUUAAAGCUACACAAAUCUCACGAACUCCCAAGCUAACAACAUUCAAAAGGAGAGAGAGAAAGAGAGAGAAUAAAAGUAAAAAAGAUCCAAGCUUUUACUUUCUUUCUCUCUUUCAUUUCUGUAAAACGGAAGAUUGAAUAAUUUGUGGGUUUAUCUUCUUCUAUAAAAACAAGGCGUGGGGUCUGAUUUCAUUCCUGGCCUAGCGAUUCCGAUAAAACUAUCGGCUUCGAAGCCCAUUCAAUCAAUCUAAAUCCUUUUCUUUACAAAAUAUAUAUAUAUAGAGAGAGAAGAGUUUACCUUUUCCAAUCUCUAUCUCUCUCUCUCCUUCUCUCUCUCACUAUCGGCUUUUCUCCUCCUGUUAUCAUGGAAGCUUCACCCAAUGAUCGCCUUCAUUUUGGCAAGAUGGGUUUCGGGUGUGAGCAUUACAGGAGGAGAUGCCUAAUCAGAGCUCCAUGUUGCAACGAAGUCUUCGCUUGUCGCCAUUGUCACAACGAGAGCACUAGCACAUUGCGUAAUAUCUAUGACCGUCACGAGCUUGUUCGUCAAGACGUUAAACAAGUAAUUUGUCUUGUUUGCGAUACAGAGCAGCCGGUAGCUCAAGUUUGCUCCAACUGUGGUGUCAAAAUGGGAGAAUAUUUCUGCAAUAUCUGCAAAUUCUAUGAUGACAAUACUGAAAAACAACAGUUCCACUGUGAUGACUGUGGGAUUUGCAGAAUUGGUGGCCGUGAGAACUUCUUCCAUUGCAAGAAAUGUGGAUCAUGUUAUGCGAUCGGUCUGCGUAACAACCAUCGGUGCGUUGAGAAUUCAAUGCGGCAUCACUGUCCCAUCUGUUACGAGUACCUAUUUGACUCUCUAAAGGACACAACAGUGAUGAAAUGCGGACACACGAUGCACUGUGAAUGCUACCACGAGAUGAUUAAGCGUGACAAGUUUUGUUGUCCGAUUUGCUCGAGGUCUGUGAUUGAUAUGUCAAAAACAUGGCUGAGAAUGGAUGAAGAGAUCGAAGCCACUGCUAUGCCUUCAGAUUACCGCGACAAGAAGGUUUGGAUACUAUGCAACGACUGUAACGACACAACAGAAGUGUACUUCCACAUAAUCGGACAGAAAUGUGGACAUUGCAGAUCUUACAACACGAGAGCGAUUGGACCUCCUGUUCUUCCUCAAUGACAGAACCAAGAUCUCUCAUGUAUUGCCACCAGAAAGUAAGCAAGAACAUUUUUUGUUGCAGAAAAAUUUGGUGCUGAUGAUCGGUUAUAACAUAAAGAAAAGAAAAAAAAAAAAAACAGAAAAGAUUGAUGAUCAAUAUGUAUUGGUCACAAAAGUAAAACACACAUUUGUCUUCCUCAUGAUUUGAUUUGUUGUUGUUCUUAUAUGGUUAUAUUUUACCAUCUAUGCUUGGGUGUUUGGAAAGUGAGGAUUAUGUGUAAUACUAUCUAUGUAUUCUUGACCCAGGAAAAUUACCUGGAUAUAAUGUUUUCAGAGACUUGUCGAAAACUCAGGUUUUGGAGAGUCUAUUUCGAU